CAAUUAGUUCUCUUUCGGCUGCAGCAACGGUAGGAGAAGUGCACGUGGACGAGUCUUUCUUCUGGGAGACGCUACCCAUGCUGCUCCGCGGGAAUGUUAUAUUCCCUUGCGUUCGCCCCCGGUUGCUAUAACACGGCCAGUAUUCCCGUCACGCUCCCUGCGCUUAAUUCUUCUUCCGAGCGUUUCGGUUCGGCUGCUUCUCGUUCUCCAUUUCCCCUACAGCGAGAUAGCCGGAGGUACCUCGCCGGAAAGCGGCGGCCUCAAGCCCUCACGACUGAGUUACGCUUCGAUUUGCACAAAGGUGAUACCUGUAUCUCGUCUGAGCCGUCUGAUUGUGAUCCGAGAGGGCGAGAUGGCGCGCAAGCCUGUUCACCGGCCACUUCCCCCUCCGCCGGCGAAGCCCGCUUUAUCCGCCAUGGGCCGCCGGCCUCAGAUGAUGGCAAAGGAGCCAGCGAAGCGGCGAGCAUCUCUAGCGGAGGUGGCCGGUGCCACGACGGCGGGGUUCGCAGCGCUCUGUUGCUGUUGCCCAUGCGGCCUGGUGCACCUUCUCAUCGUGGUGGUGCUGAAGCUGCCUUUGGGUCUCGUGCGGCGGGCGCUACGGCUGAGGAGGAAUCGCUGGGCGGCGAGCACGAAGCCCAAAACCGGCCUUUGGAGGACGGAAGCCGGCGUCUUUCGCGGCGACGACGAUUUCAGUCUCUACCAUGGGGUCCUUCUGGCAAGGUCCAGCUUCAAUGAGACGUAUCCGGCGGAGUCGCCAUCGCCGGAGUUAGCGGAGCUGGAGAGGGAGAUGUUGGCGAAGUUCCACGCCGCCGGCUUUUGGCGGAGCCUUUCGCAAAGAUAAUAAGCGAAAGGUAAAGGGGGAAGAUUAAAAGAUGGUCAAAUGUGGGAUCUUUGCCAACUAUUCUGCCGUCACUGCGAGUCUCCGAAGUGGGGGAUGACAGAAGUGGAAUGAGUUCUCUGUUGUCUGAA